CAAUGUGGUCACGAUCACCACAAACACAGCCUUCGCCUUGAAAAAAGGUGACGUAUGAUUAUUGACACGGUGUUGGACUUUGAUAUUUAGGGUCAUUGUUUGUUACAAAAGCGAGGAAAUAAUCCAGCAAUAUGACAGACAGAAGUUCAAAAUCAGUGUCAUACGGCGGUGUGGAAUCGCAUUAUACAACAAGAGACGAGAUAAACGAAGUCGAAGCUGGAUCGAGAGGCGGCAACAACAUGACGGUGAGCGCAGAGAUUUCCAACGGGGGCCGGGCGGCUACCACUACAGCUUCUGGUCCGACGAGCGGGACGUCUGGGGACGAGAGUACGCCACUGCUCCGAUACGAAUUGGACAGGAGUAUUUCAAAAAAUCCAAUCAACAGUGCUCGAAAUUUGUCCACCUUAUUUGGCUGUUUUAUGCCAUGUGUUCUCUCUAUUUUCAGUGCCAUUCUCUUUUUGCGUGUUGGUUUUGCCAUUGGUCAUGCUGGCCUGUUGGAGACAAUUGGCAUGUUCACACUAGGAUAUUUCAUCGUUCUACUGACCGUUCUCUCUCUGUGUGCAAUCUCAACAAAUGGAGCUGUGGAAGGAGGUGGAGCAUACUUCAUGAUCAGCCGUGCAUUGGGACCAGAGCUCGGCGGCAGUAUCGGGUUCAUAUUUUACCUCGCUAAUGUCUUCUCUUGUGCUUUCAACUCUAGUGCUUUCACUGAGAUUCUAGAAGAUAAUUUUGGAGCGUCUGGGUCUCUAGUUCGUAAUGGCAUUCCAACUGGGGGACCAAACAAGCGCUGGUGGACCUUCCUUUACAGUUCUUCAGUCUUAAUGUUCUGUUUCUUGGUGUGUCUCAUCGGAGCAAAGAUGUUCGCCCGGACCACGGGUAUCAUCUUCCUCACCGUCUUGGCCGCCAUCGUCACCGUCAUCGUCAACGCUUUUAUCCAGGAACCGUUUGAGGUUCACUUGCCCACAGACAAUCCACUGAUUGCGGAGAAUGCAACGGCCAACUAUACAGGGCUCAGCCUUGAAACUCUAGAGGAUAAUCUGUUUGCUCAUUAUACAAAGGAUUACACCACUCUCGAGCCCCAGACUUUCUUGACUGUCUUUGCUAUCGUCUUCAAUGGCAUCACAGGAAUAAUGGCCGGGGCUAAUAUGUCAGGUGAACUCCGCAACCCGGGACGAGCAAUCCCCUUAGGAACCUUAGGAGGGUGUGCCUUUACAGCAAUCAUUUACAUCAUUGUAUUUCUUCUCGUUGCUGCAACCUGUACCAGGGAUCUGUUGAUAAAUGAUUACAAUUUCCUGCAGCAUGUCAACGUAGUCGGUCCCCUGAUUGCUGUAGGGGUCAUCGCAGCAACCCUCUCUACCUCUCUCAGUACUCUGAUCGGUGGAUCAAGAGUCCUUGUUGCUCUGGCUAAGGAUAGGGUUUUUGGAUCUGUGACCAACCCAAUAGCUAGAGGAAUUACUAAGGAUGGCAAUCCCAUAGCAGCUCUCAUUGUGUGUUGGUUUAUGGUACAGAUGGUCCUCUUCAUAGGAGAACUGAAUGCCAUAGGUCCCUUGGUAUCAGUCUUCUUUCUUCUCUCCUAUGCAUGUGUCAACCUCGCCUGUCUAGCCUUGGAAGUUGCUUCCGCUCCAAAUUUCAGGCCAUCGUUCAAAUACUUCUCCUGGCACACAUCACUGCUUGGUAUGAUAGGCUGUAUCGUCAUGCUCUUCCUCAUCGAGCCCAUCUGGGCGUUCGCAGCCAUAGGUCUCUUCAUCUUCCUCCUCGUGGUCGUCAUCAUCUGGGGGCCUCACAACCAGUGGGGCUAUGUCAGCCAGGCACUUAUCUUCCAUCAGGUCAGGAAAUACCUUCUCUUGCUAGAUGUCCGCAAGGCCCAUGUCAAGUUCUGGAGACCGCAGAUCCUACUCCUUGUCUCCAACCCCCGUGCUUCCACCCAACUCAUACGCUUCGUUAACGACAUGAAGAAGAGCGGCCUCUACGUGAUAGGGCACGUCAAGACAGGAUUUCUUGACGAGUUUCCCUACGAUCCCGUGCAGCAAGAAUACCCAGCAUGGCUCUAUCUGGUGGAAUCGCUAAAAGUGAAGGCUUUCGUCGAACUGACGCUGGCCCCUACUGUACGGGAGGGGGUCACACAUUUGAUGCGCAUCUCUGGGCUAGGUGGUAUGAAACCAAACACAGUCGUAAUGGGUUUCUAUGACGACAAGAUACCCGUCAACUCGCUCAGCCAGUCCCAGGCUGAGAAACAAUCUCGCUUCCGCUUCAACACAGACGAUGAAGAGGAGGAGAUGGGGAAUGUGCUGACCCAGUUCCCCAAGCUACGGGCAGAGACCGAGACCAAGGCUCUAUCGGCCGACCAGUACGUCUUGAUGAUCUGCGACGCGAUACGUCUGCGCAAGAACAUCUGUCUGGCGCGUCACUUCUCAUCCCUUGACAUGGAUGCUCUCCAGGACAGCUCUAGGGACUCUUAUAUUGAUGUCUGGCCGAUCAACUUCCUCAAGCCCGAGCUAGCCGGCUACCUAGACACUGCUUGCAUAUUCCUCCUCCAGCUGGCGUGCGUCCUGCACAUGGUCCCCAAGUGGAACCGUCACACGCGACUCCGCGUCUUCCUAUGCGUCGACUCAGACUACCAAUCCACCCAGAAGAAGAAGGACAAGCUGAACAAGUUCCUGGUCGAUCUCCGCAUCUACGCAGAGGUUGUCACCGUCCCAUGGAACCAUAUAACGUCACUGAAUACCUACCAGAUGAACCAGAUGAACGGCGAUGCUGCUCCAAGCCUAGUCAGGUCUAUAUCUGAUGAGUAUCUACUUGCAUUGAAUCAGAUGGUGAGGGACCACACAGCGUCUACUGCUGUCGUCUUUGGUUAUUUACCCCUCCCUCCAGCGGAUCCGCAGUACCACAUGACAUAUUUACACCAUUUAAAUCUCUUAACCAAAGACCUACCACCAUCGGUGCUUGUGCACGGCUUCAGUGAAGUUACCUCAACUGUAAUGUAAUACUUCGAAAUCAAACUAGUACUUCAAAUUUUGGACAGUGUUUUUUAAAGUAAGAAAUAUAAGAUGUAUUUAUAUACUUUUUAUGCAUUUUCAUAUUUAUGAACCAACUUUAUACUCAUUUGCUCGCUCACUGUAAGAUUAAUUGGGGAUUGCUUUUAAAUGCGCAUAAAUGAUGUUUGUUCGGAAAUUGAGUGCAAUAAUAUGUGAAAUUUUGAUGACACAGCAUAUCAAAAGUGUUGGGAAUAGUUUCACUGGCAAACCAGUUGGUAGGAUUUAUUCUCUAUUUUAGCUGAUAUCUGCUCUUGCCUGUUGAGUUUGUAUUUGGUUAGUUUGUUCCAUAUGUCUAUGGUGGCAAUACUUUGUGUGCACCAGCAGGUGAACAAAUCAGUUUUAUAAUCAACCCCAACUAGGCCAGGCUAUUUGGGUAGUUUAUGAUGCAGGGGAGAGAACUCCAAGGCCCCACCCUCUUAUGUUCUCUGCUGUCGACUUCUCGAUCA